UUGUGCCGUGUGUUCGUGCGCCCGUGUGUGUUGGCGACCGUCCGUCCGCGCUUGUGUGCGUGUGCGUUUGCGCUUGUGUGCGUGUGCGUUUGCGCUUGUGUGCGUGUGCGUGCGUGCGCGCGUGUGUGUGCGCUCUUGCCCGUAAGCGUGCGUGCGUGUGUGCGUGUGCUUGUGUGUGUGUGUGUGUGUGCAAAGGAUAACAACACCGACGUCGUACGUACCGUGUUUGUUUGGUCGUCGCCGUUUGUUUGUUUACGAUCGCGUCCGUUAUUCGUGCGUUCGUUGUCCGACGCGACAGUCCGAACAGCCCCGCUCGAUCAGCGGCACUCGCACUCCGGUACUACCGUCCGAACGCUCCGAACAUUUUACCGGCCGGCGGCGGCGGCGGCGGCGGUUCGCGAUACGCGACGAAUAAGAUGCCCUAAGCGGCGUCCACGGCUUGGUGCGGCCCCCUGUACGUGUUCUUCUCGACGAUCGAGACCCAGCCGACGGCAACACCUGUGUCUGCAGAUCCCCGGUCCGGGACGAAAAGCGAUCUCUCGCGCGCACCGACGAACGGUCGAAUUAAUUCCUCUUGGGUCGCGGCGUCCACCCGAUCCUCGCCGCGCUCAUGGCGGCCAUCAACAGUGGCAGCAACAACAGCAACAGCAACAGCACUAGUGCCGGCGGCAGCAACAUGUACCGCGUCGGAGAUUAUGUGUACUUUGAGGCCCAGCAGCAGCAACAGCAGCAGCAACAGUCCAUGCAUCAUCAACAACAGCAGCCUUUCCAAAUACGUAGAAUCGAAGAGCUCAAUAAAACUGCGGGUGGUAACGUUGAAGCCAAAGUCAUGUGUUUCUACAGGAGACGAGAUCUCCCAGCUCAACUUGUCGCACUGGCUGACAAACACCAACAGCAUCAGCAGCAGCAGCAACUAUCAUUGACUUUAUCAUUAUCUCCCGGUGGAAAUAGCACUGUUAAAGGAGCUGGUAAACAGUCGUCCGCCAUCAAAUCAUCCUCAGCCAGUGAUAAAGACGCUAGUACGGAUAAGAAAGAACAAGAUACUAGUGGUGCUCUACCAAUGGUGAAAAAAGAGCAGCAGAACGAUGAACAGUCUGCCAGUAAAACAGAAACAUCUGAAAUUAAUGAAAGUGUAAAAGAGGAAUCGCAACAACAGCAGGAUGUUGAGAUGUCUGAAGACGUGGAAACUAAUUCUUCCGUAUCCGCUGCUGUCAAAAGUGGAGAUGGUGAUGAGAUUGAGACCAAUGACAAAUCUUCAGAUGUUGUUAAAGAUGAAGAUAAGACUACACAGGGCACACAACCACAACAUGACUGGUGGCGUGGUGAACAGCUUAAACAACGUGAAUUGUUCUUAAGUAGGCAAGUGGAAACAUUAGCAGCAACACAUAUACGUGGAAAGUGUACAGUAACAUUGUACAAUGAGACUGAGUCAUUGGAUAGUUAUUUAGAAAGAGAGGACACAUUCUUCUAUUGUCUGGUAUUUGAUCCUGUCCAGAAGACAUUGUUGGCUGAUAAGGGGGAAAUUCGUGUUGGCCAUAAAUAUCAGGCUGAGGUGCCGCCAAAAGCACUAUUUAAUCGUGGUAGUAGCGAUUUAAAUGUAAAAGAUGUAACUACAACAUCGGCAAAAGGAGAUAUAGUAAAAGAAGAAAAUAUUACUGAUGGUGAUGGAGAAGAGCCAAUGGCGACGGAAUGCAGUCAAGACGAUGAGGAUGAGGAUGAUAAAGAUGUCGAUGCAAAAUCCUCUACUGCAAUGACUACAGUGACAACAAUAGGAACAGUAACAGCAAUGGCAAUGGAAAGUGAUUCUGAACUUGAAACUUUGAUAUGGACAUGUAGGCCACAGUGGAAUCGUUUGACUGAUAGACAAAUAGAUCAGUUUUUGGUAGUGUCUCGAUCGCUAGGUACAUUUGCUCGUGCCUUAGAUUGCACCAGCUCAGUGAAACAGCCUUCAUUGCAUAUGUCAGCUGCUGCUGCAUCACGUGACAUUACAUUGUUUCAUGCCAUGGACACAUUGCAUAGGCAUGGUUAUGAUCUGGGUACUGCUACCUGUUCCUUAGUGCCUAGUACGGGUCCUGUAUUGUGCCGUGAUGAAAUGGAAGAAUGGUCAGCUUCUGAAGCGAAUUUGUUCGAGGAAGCGUUGGAGAAGUAUGGAAAAGACUUUGGUGAUAUACGUCAUGAUUUUCUUCCCUGGAAAACACACAAAAACAUAGUGGAGUACUAUUAUAUGUGGAAGACCACAGAUAGGUAUGUGCAACAGAAGCGUGUUAAGGCUGUAGAACAAGAAUCCAAGUUGAAACAAGUGUAUAUACCUUCUUAUAAUGGAACAAGUGGUGGAAAGCAGCAAGCUAUAACAUCAGGUGUAACAAUAAAAUCUUCACAGCAGCAACAACAGCUUGUAAAUGGUAAUUCAGGAGCUAUGGAGCUGUAUUCUCCUAAAAAUGGUAGCGGUGGAUUAGCAGGGGAGGGACCAUUACAACCUGGAUUGUGUGAUCUAUGUGAUGCUGUAUCUUCACAACAAUGGUAUCCAAACACUAUAGGAGCCACAACUGGAACAACCUCAAUAUCUUAUCAUCAACAAAACGGAGGGCUAUCUUCUACAUUAUGUCACGAGUGCUGGACUCAUUGGAAAAAAUAUGGAGGACCUAGAACUGCUACUUCCGAUAAAAAAGUUAUUGCAUCAGCAAGAGGAGGAAGCAUGUCGGGAGACGAAGAUCGACCACAUUCAAAUGCGUCAUCUAGUUCUGUAGCAGCAGCAAUGAACCUGAAUGUAUCAGCUGGUGGCGGAAGAUCUUCAUCACACGGACCCACUAUGUCAACCCCACCCCAUCAUCACCAUCAUCUUAUGCACCUCGGUGGUAGUGGAAGUAGUCAUCAUAGCAAUUAUCAUCAUCAAUUACCACACCAUCACCAUCAACAGCUUCACCAUCAACAACAGCAACAACAACAUCAGCAACAACACCAAUCGUCAGCAUCUUCACCAGGUGGUGGUGGUUUAUUACUACACCAACCACAUAUUAACUCGUCUGGAUCAUCAACGACUGCUCAUAGGUGCACUAUUAUAGGGUGCCAAGCAGCUCUAUUUAAGAGCAAGUCUCAACUGCUACGUCAUUAUAGUACAGCACAUGGCAUUGGAUUAAAUUCCAACAGCAGCAGUAGUCCUAGUGCUAUCAUUUCCUCGAUUGGUGGUAGUGGUAGAUCUUCUGGUAGUGCUGGUCUUGAUGGUGGAGGAAGUGGAAAACUAUCACCACAACCACCACAGCAACAAGCCGUUUCCGGUGCAGGACUUCUCCACCACAAUUCUGGAGGACCUUUAAACUUGAACAGUAGCAAUUCAAUUCAACACUCCAUCAAUAGUGGCUCUGCUAGUCAAGUAAUAAAUCUUAUUGCAUCAUCAUCUUCACCGCAACAGCAGCCCAACAACCUAUCUACAAGUUCUGGAGGCAUAACAACAAAUGCAGUUAUUGGAACAGGAGGAGUAGCUACUGCCACUGGGAGGCCGGUUAUGAAGACAAGAACAGCAUUUUAUUUAAGAUGCACAUCGUUGGCAAAAGCUAGUAGGCGCCGAGCUGCGCAACAAGCAGCUGCUGCACUAUUACAGCAACAACAUCACCAGAAAAAAGCUUCGUCUAGUGGGGCGGUGUUAUCCCCCAUUGCUUCAGCUAUGGUACAACCUGGAUGCUUAGCUCGUCCUAGGAAUGUAGCUCGAAGACCAUUUGUAUGCGUUCCACAAACAGCACAUACUUACAAACACGAAUGCAUGCUAUCAAUGCAACAUGCUCCAGUCCAUGAACUUAGAGCGUACUUGAGGGCUGCUGCAGUCAAAGCACAUGCCCGGCGACCAGGAGUUACUCGAGUAGCUAAUGCAUUAAUAGCUGCAAGGAGAGGUCGUGGUGGAAUGAAUUCAGCAACCGCUGCUGAUAUAGCUGUGCCAGAUUGGUUGUCUCUGCCAUCUCAGCAACACCAGCAUCAGUCUUCACAUCAUCAUGUUUCAUCUUCAUCAAAACAUGGCAAACAUUCUUCAAGAUCAUCAACGGGUGGACGUGUCGCAUUUCCUAAGCCACCUAAGGCACCGGAUGGAAGUUUGCUAUAUGAACGAGUGCCAAAUAAACAGGAAGCUGCUGCGGCUGCAGCAGCUGCUGCUUCUGCAUUGAAUAACCCAUCGGCAGCUGCGGCGGCAGCAGCAGCAGCUGCAGCUGUUGGACUGAACCCGGCUGCAGCAGCUGCAAUACUUGGAGCUUUGGGUCCUCCGGGAUCGGCUAGCAGUGGUAAUUCUGCGGGGGCAUCUGGUUCAUCAAAUGAUCAAUCGGCUUCGGGGUUUGAUGUAGCAGCUGCGGCUGCUGCUCUCUACCAACAGCAGCAACAACAACAGCAACAACAACUACAACAAGGCUCUUCGUCAUCCAGCAAUAAAAGGCGUCUUUAUGAAACAGAUGGUGCAACUAUUCAACAGCAACCACAACCUCAAGCUGGGCCACCGUCAAAACGUAUGCAUCGGCAACAACAUCACUCGCAACAGCAGCAGCAACAACAGCAAUCUACUGGUCACCAUCAUCUUAGUCAACAGCAUCAACAACCUUCAUCAACAUCACAAGGGGGCAGUGGAGCUGGUGGAGGUGCUGUGGAUGGAAUGCUGGCAUCAAUCGUGGCGCAUCAACAACAGCAGCAACAACAGCGAGGUGGUACAUCAAGUGGAGGACCUUUACAAUUGACUGCCACGGGAAGUGGUGGUAAAUCUGGUGGUCACCACCAGUCACAACAGCAUCAGCAGCAUAAUCAUUACAGAACACCAUCAAUGGCUCGAACCGGUAGAAAGCAUGUAAUAUCGUGGACGGAUGCUCCAGACGACCUGUAUUAUAGAUGUACUUCAUUGUCUAGAUCUUUGCGGAAAGCCAGGAUGACGGGUAAGGAACUGAGGCGGUCGGCACGCAAGCCAUGGCAGCCGAUCGCCGCACUUCUUGGUAUAUCAUUCACAAUGCCGUCCUCUGCUGCAUCGUCAUCUGCAACACCAUUAGGAACAGCUGGGCCUACAGGGUCACCGGCUCCACAAACCAGUAGUACAUCCGGAAAUCCAUCAUCAAUAGGAUCAGCUGCACCGUUUGAUAUGUCUACCACUGGUGGUGGCGCCAGCAGUAACAAUAGACAACCGUCCACCAUAUCGAAUCAGUCGGCGACACCGAUAGUAGCGCCAUGUAUUAGUGGUGCGCUUCCAAUGUCGUCACGUUCCAGUGGCAGCGGUAGUAGUCAUCACUAAGUACCAUGAUUUUGUAUGGACUUAGGCACUGUUGGUGGCUAAAACCCACCAACCGUUUGGACGAUAAUUUAGAAUUUCAAUUUUUUUUUCAUCAUCGUACUAUUUUAUUUUUAUACAUUAACAAUAAUCAUAUUAAUUUUAAUCCGAAUCCUUUCUAUAGGUUAAACCUAAAUAUGCUAAAAUUAUUUUUAUUAUUAUUAUUUUAUUUUUUUUUUACUAUUUUACUAUUACACACACUAUAAUUAUUGAACUUUAUUAUUAUUGAUUACAUAAUACUUGUAACAUUUUUAAUUAAUUAGGUGAUUUUUAUUUUUAUUUUUUCGGCUACACUGAGUAUUUUAUUAUAAUUAAAAUACAUAAUAUGAUUAUUACUUCGAUAUUGACUAUAUAUUGUAAUAAUAAUAAUGAAAAAUAUUAUAGUUUUUAAGGUCAUAUUUUUACAAACGACAUUAGCAAUUUAGCAGCCAUAGUUUUUAGCUUAAUUAGUAUAAUAGUUGCGGUUUAAAUGAAAACAACUGCUGUAUAAUUGAUUGUUUUUUUUUAUUGUAACAAAUAAUUUUCUUAUGACUACACGCACAUGCGACUUUUCUUUUUGUUUUAUGUCUAUUUACAAAAUAAUAAAACAAUAAGACGCGACAUUUGAAUAAACGAUUAUAUAUAUAUAUA